AUGUUCGUUACGCGCUGCCCCAAAUGUUCCCCGGCGAAGUGGACGCCUCGGAACAUCGAGGGCGCUAGCGUAUCACCCCGGGCUUCAGCCUCCAGCAUAGGUCCAGGAGCAAGCCACCCGGGCAUCGGGCAGGUGUUUCCGGACUCGCACCGCCGGUCCGGCCCGCCCCCGCCUCCACCGUCCCCGCCGCUCACCCCGCCGAACCCACACACGCCCCACGGUAGCCUGGAGCGAGAGCUGCAGGACGGCAUCUCGCAGAACUUCAAGCUCAGCUCGGACUUGUCUCAACAAGCGCGGCGGGGGGGCGCGGCGGCCGGGGGUCGGACCAGCUGGUCUGGGGGGCGGGGGGGGGUCAGCGGGGUGCGAGACGCCUGGAAUGGUCGGGUUGGUGCUGAUGGUGGUCGUGGCGGUUUCGCGAGCCCGUUCGCGGGCGAUGGAAGUUCUCGACAACAACACCCGGGGGCGUUUUCCAAGGGGGAGGGAGGGGGAGGGGCGCGGGGGGGAGAAUCCCCGCCCGUGGAUGCUGUGGGAGACGGGGGUGACGGCGGCGGCAGCGGGGGCGCCGGAAUCGGGCCGGAUCGACGAUGGGCGGCGGAUCUGCUGCCCAAGGAAAUUUACGAGAAGCUUUCGGAGCACGUGAUCGGACAGCACAACGUAAAGCGCGCCUUAGCUGUGGGGAUGCACAACCACUUCAAGCGAAUCUCCGUGUGCCCGCCGACGGAGCAGCCGGGGCCCCACAGAGUGCAACACGCACCACCACCUGAGGCCUUGGAGCAGACGUUGAGUGACGUAGACCUCCAACUGCCUGGCAUCGCCGAUCACGACGCCAUGGCGAAGCCACAGCAGCAGCAAUGGGUAGGGUCCGGGGGCAAGGACGUCCAAAAGGCUAAGCUGAACCUGUCGAACGGGAUCGAGGUGGAGCCGGUGGUCCUCGACAAGACGAACGUGAUGAUCGUCGGGCCCACGGGGUCGGGCAAGACUCUGCUGGCCAAGACGCUGGCGAAGCUGGUAGACGUGCCUCUCGUGAUUGCCGAUGCGACGUGCCUAACACAGGCCGGAUACGUGGGCGAAGACGUCGAGUCCAUCCUGCACAAGCUGUACAUGGAGAGCGGCCAGGACAUCGAGCGCUGCCAACGCGGAAUCGUCUACCUGGACGAGAUCGACAAGAUUUCAAGGAAGAUGGAGAACGUGAGCAUCACCCGCGACGUCAGCGGGGAGGGCGUGCAGCAGGCUCUCCUCAAGAUCCUAGAGGGCGCCAUCGUCAACGUGCCGAAGGACGGGGGCCGCAAGAACCCUCGAUCAGACUUCAUCCAAGUGGACACGACCAACAUACUCUUCAUCUGCGGGGGCGCGUUCGCCGGCCUGGAGCACCUCAUCAACAACCGAAUCGCCAAGUCUAGCAUAGGCUUCGGGGCUAACCUCCCCGCCGACCUCACCAAUCCGGAGAUGCAGGGGGAGGAGGAGCCGGAGAAACUGGUUCAGGAGGGCAGUACAAGUUCCAGUUUGGCAUUGGAAGAGGGGGAGUUCCACAUGGGGAAGGCGCUUUCAGAGCGGGGGCGGGCCAGGGCCAUCAAGAGGGACACGGGGGGGGGGGGGCUCCGGUGGAUCAGGGAGAGCCUCCUUCUUGAAGCCAUGUUCGACGUGCGGGGGUCUGACGGGAAUGCUGUUUAUUUCGAGGAGGAUGCUGUGUUGGAGAAAGGAAGUGUGCUUCUCCUCAAGGGGCAGGACACGCUCGAGAGCUACCUGGAGCAACAAGCAGGAGGCAAGGAUGGGGGAGACAAGAAGACCCCCAAGGCUGACGGGGGUGGCGGUGGUGGGACCAAGGAAGACGGUUGGUUCGACGAGGUCGAGGACGUCGCGAUGUCGUAGCUUGGCCCUCUCCGUCGAUCACGAGUGACUCUGUCGCCACUUCUUUCCCUGGUAACCGUUAUCUGCACUGAUUCUAAACCGAUUUAUCCCUCUGCAUUAAACCCGAGUGAUGUUCUCCCGGGGGCAUGUGACGGAGGGACGAUGGCGAUGAUUUCGUCUACGUUGAGGUAAAAAUUCCAAGCGUACAACUGGUGGGGAGAGCCGUGGAACCAACUCUAAUACGAUCUCAAGCAGUGGAGUAUUUCGUACUUGUACUAGGUUACCGUGGGGUUGGUUGAGGUUAGGGUCCUUUCUAAACGGAAUGGUUUCUGUACACGUCACUGCGUUUGGAUCGGUUACCGUUGUAGGACAAGGUAGUCGAGCACCAUGGCUAUGCGCGCACGCUGCCAGCCCUCCGAAAACAGAACAACCAGCGCUUCAUGUGUUGGAUUUCGUCGGGAACGGAUAGAAGCAUACGGCGGCCGCAGCUGAUUUGAUUGUCAUUUCGACCGCGGCCCGUUGGUGAGAGAAGUCUCAACGGUAAACUAUGCCCCAGGAAGAUUUGUUGAAGCUUGGAGCUUGGGGCGGUUAUGAUGCCGAACGUGCACAUUCUAGUUGACUAUGAGCCACCACGUACGAUUGUAGCUUGGAGAUUGCGCGGGGUUGGCCACCUACUAGGGCGUCAUGGGGAUUCGUGAUUCGCACAGAAGGUUGAUCGCUGUUCACGCACGUGAAGUGUUGGAUAACACAUUGGUCUCGAGCGUAGCUAGACGAAUUGCAGCGUGGGUGAGGAGAGAGGAACGCCUUUCUCUUGUGGGUGUCGAGUAAGCAGGUUGUUGCAACUUGUUGGCCGGGGGGGAGGGUCGUGUGUGUCUUCCGGAACGGCAUAUGUCAAGGCUCGCGGCCCUUCCCUUGGUGUUUUCAAUUUAUUCCGCGCAAGAAGUCGCCUCCUCGUGCCAUGCACCGAUCGACCGGGCCUCAAUUCCGUUCGACUCUGCAUCCGUGGAGACAAAAACAAGCAGGCGACGCUUGCCUUGUGUCUUGUACCGAUCGACUGCAUUCGAUUCAAACGUGUUUUCGUUCGACUGGUAAAGCCCGUGUAGAAAAAAAAAAAGUGGCGUUUUGCUCUUGGAGCUCGUCUUGCUGCCGUCGACGGCUCUGCUUGUAUGCGCGCCGAACAAGUGAUGCGUCAGCCCGUAGGUGGCGGUGUGUACCGUAGGCGACGUAGUUGCCGGGAUAACGUGCGGGAUUGGUAUGGAUGGUGUUAUCAUGGAGUGCAUUUGUCCCUUAGCGUGCAUAAGGGUGGGAGCGUGUUUUUGCCAUGAGGUGGGGCUAUUGCGAUGACAGCAGUGUUGUAUGGACACUUUUGGGCCUGCCCGCCACCGCCCCUGGCAAAGGGAAUUGCUGGAAGGACAUGCGAACCACCAGGUUGGUGGGGGGUGACGCCGAACGGCAGAGCGUAGGCAGAGGCCGGGGGAGAGAUAGAGCAUACCGCGCUCUGUGUUUUGUGAACGAACCUUUUCACGAUGGGUUUUAGAAUAUUAUCCACGGGGCAUGUUUGAGGAGGGGGAGGAUUCGACUGUUGUGACAAUUUUUAUCCUUUGCGCGUGCUACGUUGCAAGGGACAGUGGUAAAAACGAAGGUCGAUGGUGUAUGAUAACGGGCUACCAACAUUGGGUUAGGUUGCGCAAGGCCACGGCGGUUGGAUGCGCGGCCUGAUCUCUUGGUGUUUGGUUUUGUUUGGGUCAAGGGGUAGAGGGAUACAAUGAACGGCCGCGCAGGUUUUGAAGCUGUAGAGGCUGAGGUCGAAAGGAUGGCUAAGGAUGCCCUUGCCGUGUAGAUAUAGGAUAUAGACAACAAUGAUUCAAAACUUGCCGAUUUCUUGGUCGGUACGGGUUGUUGCCGUGCUAUGCUAGACAAGAGACGUUCCUGUACAUGCCACGCGUUUCCCGGCGGUCCGCGCUGUUUCCUACACCCCUUUUGCAGUCAAUCAUUUAGUCAACCUUUGUGUUCGCGGACUCCAGAGUUGGGAAGAAUGACGGAGUGAAGCCAAUAGCAAGACGCUCUCCCCGCCAAGGCAGUCGUUGCGGUGGAGUAUUAACAUUGACGACCAUUUUUUUUC